UUUUUUUGUACUCAGUAUGAAAAUCAAGAUUAAAUAAAAAGGGACCUCUUUUUUUUCUGUUUAAACCUUUUUUUUUUAUAUAUACAUUUCUUUAUUUAAAAUAGUACCGAAAGAAAUGAAGAACAGUAUUCGUAGCUUAUUUGGCUUAAAGAAGAAGUCUAAAAAGAGUAAUUCAAAUAAAUCUACUGCAUCUAAUAAAACAUAUUCAACAAAUUCAUCUGUGUCUUCACUUUCUUCAUACUCUUCAACCAAUGAUUCACUACCUCAAACACCUACAAGUCCCUCUAUGCAAAAUGCUCGUGGCAUCUUUCGUACUCUUGAACCUGUUUGGUAUUGCCGCUCUAAUUUAAUACCUAAAAAUCAAUCUGAUAAUAAUAAUAAUGAAUGGAUUCAAUUUGAUGAACAUAGUCAAUUUAUCCUUGAAGCAUCUUUCCAUUCAAAUACUCAAUGCGCACUCACUGACUCAAUAGUUGGAACAUGUACUGUUCUCUUUAAGCCUCUUCCUUCUAAUAAGAAUCUUAGUCAGCUUCAAAAUAAAAGACAUACCGUCAUGGCCCUCCCUAAACAUCAAUAUAAUUCAGCACCCAUACUCUCUAAUAAUAAUAAUCUUGGUGAUAACGCCGGUCGCACAUUAGAAUUGAAUAAACAUAUUCGUCGUACUAUUUCACCUGUUUGGUGGUUUGAACAAGAUCAAGCAGAUGGUACAAAGGGUAUGUGUAGGUUUGAUUAUAAAAACCAAGUUCGACUUGAAGCUCUCUCAGAGGGACGUACACGUAUGGUAUUGACAGAUAACGCCUUUAAUGUCCCCUUUACUGUUGCUCUAGAGCCUCCUAAACAACGUGAAUUAAAGGAGGAAGUACGUGGAUUCUUAUAUUUGGAACCUAUCUCAACAGCGUUUCAACUUGCUUAUGAUGCUACCCAAUCUAAUCAUAAAAUGGAGAACUUUGAAUUAGAAGAUCCAGUAUACGAUAAUGAAGAACAAUGGAUAAAUAAUUAUAACCGUCGUUUCUCUAUAUAAAAUCCAAAGGAAGAGAGAAAACUUUAUUUUUUUUGUCUCUAUUUUUGUCUCUAUUUUUAUUGCAAGUUACCCCUUUUCACCUGUAUCCUUUUUUCUUCUUCUUUUUCAUUUUAAUUAUUACAGCAGUUAUCUAAUUAUACAUAUAUAAUCUCACUUCUAUUUCCGCCUUAAUUGUAUAUAAUUAAAUUUUAUUAUUUAUCAUUUUAAUAGUAAAAAAUAAAUAAAUAAAUAAACUUGAUUUCCUAAACAUUA